GAAAAACAACUCUACCCCCAGCUGUUGGACGACGGUAUCAAUUAUCUAUUAGUACUGAAAUAUGAAAAGUGGAUAAUAAUUAAUGGCGGGUAGCAAAAUACGUAAUAUUUCAAUACGAAGUUGGCGAUGAGUAGAUAAGGUAUUUGAGGUUUCAGCGAUAAGGCAUUUCUUGACGAUCAACAUUGGGAUUGGUCUCUGUUAUAAGCAGUCGGUCGUUGGUUUCGCUACUUUUCGUUUGCUGUAGAAUGUCGUAUCGUCUUUUUCUUUUUAUAUAACUAGUUCCCUACCACCGGUAUACCGAUUCGCAACAGAACUGAAGCCGAGGCCCAGUCUUUGCUGCAGUAUGACUUGGGCAGUUGCCAAUUAAACAAUUCCUCCAGACCGGCUGGAUCUCAGAUUUUUAUUACAAAAGUAUAAUUUUACUCGUUUUGAACAGAUUAAAGCAACUGUAUCGAAUUAACAAGACGAAAUGAACUCAGUCAGAUCAAUCGUUCGUCAACUACCGAGGAGGUUUUUAGAAGGAAGACAGUUUCACAGGUCCGCUUCGCUAUCUCAGACAGCGGGUCCACGUCCGCUCACGGAAUUCACCGACGAUGAAUUGAUGAUGAGGGAAACUGUCGCCAAGUUUGCCAAAGAUGAAAUCGCACCGGUUGUACGAAAAAUGGAAAAAGAAGGAAAGGUCGACGAUGGCGUAUUGCAGAGUCUUUUUCAAAACGGCCUUAUGGGAAUGGAAAUUCCUGAACAGUACGGAGGCACCGGUAGCAACUUUAUGUCAACCAUAUUGACGGUAGAAGAGGUGUCAAAAGUUGAUGGUGCUGUUGGAGCCCUUGUUGAUAUUCACAAUACCCUAGUGAAUUCUUUGAUCAUCAAAGUCGGCAAUGAGGAACAGAAAGCUAAAUAUUUGCCAAAUCUUGCGCAGAAAUAUCCAGGUAGUUUUUGCCUGACAGAACCAGGCUCGGGAUCGGAUGCAUUUUCAUUGAAGACAGAAGCGAAGAAAGAUGGCUCAGAUUAUAUCAUUAAUGGAACCAAGAUGUGGAUUUCAAACUCCGACAUCGCGGGAGUGUUCCUGGUAUUUGCCAACGCAAAUCCUUCGGCAGGUUAUCGAGGUAUAACGACCUUUUUCGUUGACCGAGAUACUCCUGGACUUUCGGUAGCCAAACCAGAGGAUAAGCUCGGUAUCAAAGCGUCUGGAACUUGUAUGGUACACUUCGACAACGUCAGGGUACCAGAAAGUAAUAUACUUGGGGAGUUCGGACAUGGAUACAAAUAUGCUGCAGGGUUUCUCAACGAAGGCAGGAUCGGUAUCGGAGCCCAGAUGAUCGGUAUAGCCCAGGGAUGCCUGGAUGCCACUAUACCUUAUACGCUUGAGAGAAAACAAUUUGGACAAGACAUCUUUUCGUUCCAGGGAAUGCAACACCAAAUUGCUCAAGUCGUUACAGAUCUUGAGGCUGCUAGACUGCUGGUUUACAAUGCGGCACGUCUUGUAGAGGCAAAGAAGCCAUUUGUAAAGGAAGCAGCUAUGGCUAAGCUAGUUGCAUCUGAAACGGCAUUAAAAGUAACUUCAAAGUGCAUCGACUUUAUGGGAGGUGUUGGGUUUACCACGGACUUCCCGCAGGAGAAAUUCUUCAGGGAUUGCAAAAUUGGUACAAUUUAUGAAGGAACCAGCAACAUGCAAUUGUCCACAAUUGCAAAAGCAAUACGUACGCAAUACUCCUGAAACAAAACAGUGUUCUGAGGACCCCGCCAUCGAAUGAAGGGGGGUGAGAAGAAGAAUCAAAUCGAUUUACGAAUCGUUAAAUUUCCAAAAAUGCAUUUAUGGUCGCAUAUCAAGUUGAAAUGAACCAGCAAAGUAUGAACCACUUUUUUACAUUGCUACCGAAAACUGGAGACAGUUUUACAUCGACGUUAUUCUACUAAUAAAUAAAGUUUAUCAAAUUUA